AUGACCUAUCAAAGUCAAAGGUUUUCUCUCUCUAUUUCAGUCUUCUCCGGUGAAAAAUUCUGCCACAAUUCAAUUUCAAACAUGAUUUUUCAUCUCCUCAUCUUCUCCGUGAUUCUAAUAAUCACAUCGCCGCCGUCGUCAUCCGCCAAAGCAAACUGCACACGAGUUUGCAUCGGUGGAGGUCGUGAAACUCUGGUUCAGUUCCCGUUUGGAUUUAACAGUGAUUGUGAAAUCGGUCUUCAUUGUUCAGAGGACGGAAAAAUCCAAGUUGGAGGAUACGACGUUCACAAUUUCACCAGAGAUCACAUACUGGUUAAUUUGCCAGCGAAAUGCGACCGCGGAUUCGAGGAAAUCCGGUUCUUCAGUGGCUUAAACUACGCCCUCACUUCCCGAAACGGAUUGCUAUUAGAAAACUGUCGCUCGACGUUGAACGAUUGUGUGGUGUCGCCGACCAGAGUUGAGAAUCAUUUCAAUUUACAACAGUGUAAUUCAUCGACAAACCGGAGCAUGAAUUGUUACUCGGAGGACAAUCCAGAUCGGGAGGAGUUCCUCAAUUUGACACGACUAGAAACCGCCGGUUGUAAGAUUUUAUUCUCCUCCGUCACCGUCGAUUUGAACGGAACCAAUCCAGAGAGCUCGCCGGUGUCGUUAGACUUUCAGUCGGUGCAGUUAGGCUGGUGGAUGCAAGGCGAUUGCGGAUGCCAUCGGAACGCCGCUUGCCGGAAUGUCUCGAUUGAUAACACAAGGAUAGGGUAUCGCUGCCAUUGUAAUGAAGGGUACGACGGCGAUGGAUUUCGCGACGGUAAUGGUUGUCAUCAAGUCUCGAAUUGUGACGCUUCGAGGUACAUGUCUGGUAAAUGCGGUGGAACGACACGAGUAGGCGUGCUCGUCGGAGGAAUCGUUGCCGGAGCUUCUCUGAUGUCGACCGUGGCACUCGUUUGCUAUUGCCUUAGAAGACGAGCCACUUUGAAAAACCAACGGAAUGCAAAACGACAAUUCUCCGAAGCAACGGGUAGCUUCAGUGUCCCGUUUUACCACUACAGAGCAAUCGAGCGGGCCACGAAUUCUUUCUCAGAGAAACAACGAUUGGGUGUAGGAGCUUAUGGCACGGUUUAUGCUGGAAAGCUAGGCAACAACGAGUGGGUAGCGGUUAAAAAGAUACGACAUAGAGACACGGAUGGAGGUGAUCAAGUAUUGAACGAGAUCAAACUCAUUUCGUCUGUAAACCAUCCGAAUCUCGUCCGCCUUCUCGGAUAUUGCAUUGAGAAAGGCGAGCAGAUUCUCGUUUACGAAUUCAUGCCAAAUGGAACGCUUUCGCAGCAUCUGCAACGAGAACGAGGGAAGGGACUUCCGUGGACCGUAAGACUCACGAUCGCAGCAGAAACCGCACAAGCCAUCGCUCAUCUUCACACGGCUAUGACUCCACCCAUCUAUCAUAGAGACAUCAAGUCUAGCAAUAUACUUCUAGAUUACAACUUUACCUCCAAGGUUGCAGAUUUUGGUCUUUCUCGACUCGGGAUGUUGGACGACUCGCACAUCUCGACGGCCCCACAAGGAACUCCGGGAUAUGUCGACCCGCAGUAUCAUCAGAACUUCCAUCUUUCUGAUAAAAGUGACGUUUAUAGCUUCGGAGUGGUUCUUAUAGAGAUGAUCACCGCUUUAAAAGUGGUGGAUUUUUCACGGCAUCAUACCGAAAUCAACUUGGCAGCUCUCGCUAUAGACAGGAUUGGGAAAGGGUGUGUGGACGAUAUAAUCGAUCCGUUUUUGGAUCCAAAUCGAGAUGCAUGGACACUUUCGACAAUUCACAAGGUGGCUGAGCUGGCGUUUAGGUGUUUGGCGUUUCACCGAGACAUGAGGCCGUCAAUGACGGAAGUGGCGGAUGAGUUGGAGCAGAUUCGACUUGGUGGGUGGACCACGAUUGAUGAUAAUGUAACCAUGGCAUCAUCAUCGGUUGCAUCGGUUUCUUCAUCACCGUUCAAUGGCAGUGAGAAAUCGAUAGGUGGGACUAUAGUGAAAAAAGUGGCGGCAAUUAGCAGCCGGAGGCUGGGUGUUCCUAAUUUGAGACCCGAUUGUUUAUCGAAAACAGAAGAGGAGAAAGAUAGUUCACCUGUUUGUGUGCAGGAUCCAUGGUUAAGUGAGCAGAGUUCACCUUCAACCAACAGCUUGUUAGGAAAUGUUGUUAGGUGAAAUACUGAACAGCUCCAUAUUC